GGGCGUCUCUUUUGCUUCCCUUUCCCUCCCUCACGUUUUUUACCCUCCCCCUGCUCCCCUUUCUCUCUCGUUCUCUCCCCUAGAGGCCCACCCACGAGUCGUGAGUCUGGGGUCUCGUUGGUGAAAAAAGAGCUAUUGCAGCUGGAAGCAGGGAGGUGUGGGAAAUUAACUGAGAGGACAACAGCAUGUCCUCCCUCCCUGGGUGCCUUGGGUUGGGUGCAGCGACAGCUGCCGUGGAGUCCGAAGAGAUUGCAGAGCUGCAGCAAGCAGUGGUUGAGGAACUGGGCAUCUCCAUGGAGGAACUGCGGCAGUUCAUUGAUGAAGAACUGGAAAAGAUGGACUGUGUACAGCAGCGCAAGAAGCAGCUAGCAGAGUUGGAGACGUGGGUCAUACAGAAGGAAACUGAGGUGGCCCACGUUGACCAGCUCUUCGAUGAUGCAUCCAGGGCAGUGAUUAAUUGUGAGUCUUUGGUGAAGGACUUUUACUCCAAACUGGGACUACAGUACCGGGACAGCAGCUCGGAGGAUGAAGCUUCCCAGCCUACAGAAAUAAUUGAGAUUCCUGAUGAAGAUGAUGAUGUCCUCAGUAUUGAUUCAGGUGACACUGGGAGCAGAACUCCAAAAGACCAGAAGCUCCGUGAAGCGAUGGCCGCCUUACGGAAGUCGGCUCAAGAUGUCCAGAAAUUCAUGGAUGCUGUCAACAAGAAGAGCAGUUCCCAGGACCUCCCAAAAGGAACCUUGAGUCAGAUGCCUGGAGAACUGAGCAGAGACGGUGACCUGGUAGUCAACAUGCGCAUUCUGGGCAAGAAGAGAACGAAGACGUGGCACAGAGGCAGUCUCAUCGCCAUCCAGACGGUCGGGCCAGGAAGGAAGUACAAGGUGAAAUUCGACAACAAAGGAAAGAGUCUGCUGUCGGGGAACCAUAUUGCCUAUGAUUACCACCCUCCUGCUGAUAGGCUGUAUGUGGGCAGUCGAGUGGUGGCCAAGUACAAAGAUGGGAAUCAGGUCUGGCUCUAUGCUGGCAUUGUAGCUGAGACACCAAACGUCAAAAACAAGCUCAGGUUUCUCAUUUUCUUUGACGACGGUUACGCUUCCUACGUCACACAGUCUGAACUGUAUCACAUUUGCCGGCCACUGAAGAAGACGUGGGAGGACAUAGAAGACAUCUCCUGCCGAGACUUCAUAGAGGAGUACAUCACCGCUUACCCCAACCGGCCCAUGGUGCUGCUUAAGAGUGGCCAGCUUAUCAAGACCGAGUGGGAGGGAACGUGGUGGAAGUCCCGAGUGGAGGAGGUGGACGGCAGCCUGGUCAAGAUCCUCUUCCUGGAUGACAAAAGAUGUGAAUGGAUCUACCGAGGCUCUACACGGCUGGAGCCCAUGUUCAGCCUGAAGACAUCCUCGGCCUCUGCACUGGAGAAGAAGCAAGGGGGACAGCUCAGGACACGUCCAAAUAUGGGUGCUGUGAGGAGCAAAGGCCCUGUGGUCCAGUAUACCCAGGAUCUGACCAGUACUGGAACCCAGUUUAAGCCCAUGGAGCUCCCACAACCAACAGCCCCACCCGCCCCGCCUGCUACACCCACCCCACCUGCCCCACCAGCUCCACCUUUGUCCCCCCAGGCAGGUGACACUGAAAGCUUGGAAAACCAGCUUGCCCAAUCACGGAAGCAGGUAGCCAAAAAGAGUACGUCGUUCCGGCCAGGAUCUGUGAGCUCUGGUCAUUCCUCCCCUACGUCCCCUGCACUCAGUGAAAAUAUCCCUGGUGGGAAACCUGGGAUCAAUCAGACAUAUAGAUCACCGUUAGGCUCAACAACCUCUACCCCAGCACCCUUGGCACCCCCAGCCCCCCCAGCCCCNNNNGCUCCCCCAGCUCCCCCAGCCCCCACAGCCCUCCCAGCCCUCCCAGCCUUCCCAGCCUUCCACGGCAUGCUGGAGCGGGCCCCGGCAGAGCCCUCCUACCGCGCCCCCAUGGAGAAGCUUUUCUACUUACCUCACGUCUGCAGCUAUACUUGCCUGUCUCGAGUCAGACCUAUCAGAAGCGAGCAGUACCGGGGCAAGAACCCUCUGCUCGUCCCACUGCUCUACGACUUCCGGAGGAUGACAGCCCGGCGCCGGGUAAACCGCAAGAUGGGCUUUCACGUUAUCUAUAAGACGCCCUGCGGCCUCUGCCUGCGGACAAUGCAGGAAAUCGAACGCUACCUUUUUGAGACUGGUUGUGACUUCCUCUUCCUGGAGAUGUUCUGUUUGGAUCCAUAUGUUCUUGUGGACCGGAAGUUUCAGCCCUUUAAGCCUUUUUACUAUAUUUUGGACAUCACCUACGGGAAAGAAGAUGUUCCCCUAUCUUGUGUCAAUGAGAUUGACACAACGCCUCCACCCCAGGUGGCCUACAGCAAGGAACGAAUCCCGGGCAAGGGUGUUUUCAUUAACACGGGCCCCGAAUUCCUGGUUGGCUGUGACUGCAAGGACGGGUGCCGGGACAAGUCCAAAUGUGCCUGCCAUCAGCUCACUAUCCAGGCUACGGCCUGCACCCCCGGUGGCCAAACCAACCCCAACUCUGGCUACCAGUACAAGAGGCUGGAGGAGUGCCUGCCCACCGGAGUUUAUGAGUGUAACAAACGCUGCAAAUGUGACCCAAACAUGUGCACAAACCGGUUGGUGCAGCACGGACUCCAGGUUCGGCUCCAGCUAUUCAAGACGCAGAACAAGGGCUGGGGUAUCCGCUGCUUGGAUGACAUCGCCAAGGGCUCCUUUGUCUGUAUCUAUGCAGGCAAAAUCCUGACAGACGACUUCGCAGACAAGGAGGGCCUGGAAAUGGGCGACGAGUACUUCGCCAACCUGGACCACAUCGAGAGCGUGGAGAACUUCAAGGAGGGUUACGAGAGCGACGCCCCCUGCUCCUCGGACAGCAGCGGCGUGGACUUGAAGGACCAGGAGGACGGCAACAGCGGCACCGAGGACCCCGAAGAGUCCAACGACGACAGCUCGGACGACAACUUCUGUAAGGACGAGGACUUCAGCACCAGCUCAGUGUGGCGCAGCUAUGCCACCCGGCGGCAGACGCGCGGCCAGAAGGAGAACGGGUUGUCUGAGACGGCUUCCAAGGACUCGCGCCCCCCAGACCUCGGGCCCCCACAUAUUCCUGUCCCUCUCCCCAUCUCUCUGGGUGGCUGCAAUCCACCUUCCUCUGAAGAGACACCCAAGAACAAGGUGGCCUCGUGGUUGAGCUGCAAUAGUGUCAGUGAAGGUGGCUUUGCUGACAUGGACAGCCAGUCUUCCUUCAAGACCAGCGAAGGUGGGGACGGCCGGGCUGGGGGAGGCCGAGGGGAAGCCGAGAAGGCCUCCACCUCCGGGCUGGCCUUCAAGGAUGAGGGAGACAACAAGCCAGCCAAGAAAGAGGACCCUGACGACCGACCCAAGAUGUCAAUAGUUACUGAGAGCUCUCGAAAUUACGGUUACAACCCUACUCCCUCGAAGAUGGAAGGACUUCGCCGCCCGCCCAGUAAGACGAGUAUGCACCAGAGCCGACGGCACUUGGCCUCAGCUCAGUCCCACCCGGAUGAUGUCCUGACACUGUCGAGCAGCACAGAAAGUGAGGGCGAGAGUGGGACCAGCCGGAAGCCCACCGUUGGUCAGACUUCGGCCACAGCCGUUGACAGCGAUGAUAUCCAGACCAUCUCCUCUGGCUCUGAAGGAGAUGACUUUGAGGACAAGAAGAACAUGUCCGGUCCGAUGAAGCGCCAGGUGGCAGUAAAAUCAACCCGAGGCUUUGCCCUUAAGUCAACCCAUGGGAUCGCCAUUAAGUCCACCAACAUGGCAUCGGCGGAGAAGGGGGAGAGCGCGCCCGUACGGAAGAACACCCGCCAGUUCUAUGAUGGCGAGGAGUCCUGCUACAUCAUCGAUGCCAAGCUGGAAGGCAACCUGGGCCGCUACCUCAAUCACAGUUGCAGCCCCAACCUGUUUGUCCAGAAUGUCUUUGUGGAUACCCAUGACCUUCGCUUCCCCUGGGUGGCCUUCUUUGCCAGCAAGAGAAUCCGGGCUGGGACAGAACUGACUUGGGACUACAACUACGAGGUGGGCAGCGUGGAAGGCAAGGAGCUGCUGUGCUGCUGCGGGGCCAUCGAGUGCCGAGGACGUCUGCUCUAGAGCGUGGCUGCCGCCUCCCCUGCACCCUCCCCGGCCUGCCCUCCUCAGGAACAGGGCCUGCCUGACUGUUCAGCUCUGACCCCAGCUCUCCAGUCUAGCUACGCCCCCAGCUCCUAGGCAAUAGGAAUGGGGGUUCUGGAUCGGGAGACCCCUUCCAGUGUGGUGCUAGCAGCCUGGGCCUGAUAACCCUCCGUCCUGUUGGUCAUCCCCACCAUCCGACACUUGUUCAUGCUUCUAACAAACUUGAUUCCCGAAAUGAGGGCUGUGUAUCUUACUACCCCUGGUUUGUAUCGUUUCUUGAAAGUCUUUCAACAAGAUGUUAAGACGAAGAUCGUGAUUUGAUUUUUCUCUCCCUCAGCCUCCAUGUUCCCAGUUCUGGGUCUUUCCAUGAGAGGCCUCUUCGCCCCCGUCCUUCCCAGUGGGCAGCUGUCAUUAGUCUCGAACCUUCUCUACCUUUGCUUUUUCUUAUUUGCCACGUGAAAUUUGAAACAAAUUGUUAUAUAACCAUGAGGAAGACGACCUUACUUUAUUUAGUUGAUUCCCCCUUCUCAAUUCCCAAUAGUCUCAGACACUUGUUGCCAUGUUUUACUUAAUCUUUAAUAUAUUUUAAUUAAAAAAACCAUUAACAGUACAUUUUGGUCUGAUGUGGUCCCUCUGCUAAAAUGCCAGGUGCUAGCUGUAAUUCUGGCUUUAAAACCAAAACCCCAAAUGUUUAAUAAAU